CACACACACAGCUACACACUCGCACACAGCUACACACUCACACAUCCUCAGAUACACACACAGCUCACACACACAGCUACACACUCACACAGCUACACAGAGAGCCGCCACUCGGCGAUGCUGUCCCAGGCGUUUGUGCUGUCGUCCCGGGGAGACCCUCUGCUCUACAGGGACUAUGUAGGUAAUGGGCACGCGGAUCAUUUGUACGAGAGAAUGUGCCCUCUGAACGAGAGCGAGCAGCCCGUUGUUAAGGUACAUGAUGGGCUGUGCUAUGUGCACAUGCGGCAUAACGGACUUUACUUUGGUUUAACCUGCAAGCCCCAGGCCUCCCCAUUUAUUCUGAUACAAUUCCUUAACCGGUUUGCUGCAAUAGUCAAAGACUACUGUGGAUCUGUUUCUGAAGAGGCCAUCAGGCAGAACCUUCCACUAUUGUAUGAGCUUCUAGAAGAAAUCCUGGACUUUGGAGUGGUACAGACUACACGUUUGGACGUCCUGAGGAACUACGUGCAGAGCGAAGCCGUCAACACCCAACCGAGCAGCCUGUUUGACAUGAGUACCAUCGGACUGUUUGGAGCAGACACACAACAAAAAACCUUGGUCCCAGCAUCAGCUUCGAUACGCUCACUGUCUCAUCAGAGCAAAACCAACGAGAUAUUCGUGGACGUUUUGGAGAGGCUAACAGUGCUCAUCGGUGCAAAUGGGAAUGUGGUUCAAGCAGAGCUCAAUGGUGAUAUCAAUUUGAAGAGCUUCGUGAACGGCUGUUCAGAAAUCUUCAUGACGUUCAACCAUGAUCUUGCCAUAGGAUCAUCACAGAAUAGAGGCUACGGCGGUGCCGUGCGAUUGGAUGAGUGCCGCUUCCACGCCAACGUGAACGUUACCGACUUUGAAACCAAACGUGCAAUCAGAGUGAGCCCGGGCCCUGGUGAGAUGACCUUGAUGCAGUACACGGUGCUUGACGACUUCCCAACGCCGCUGCCUUUCAGGCUGUUCCCAACAGUGGAAGUGCAGCCUGAUAAGAGUCGACUGUUGGUGUGUUUGAAGCUGCGUUGUGACCUCUCACCGAGAAGUCAUGCUACAAAUAUGGUGGUCCGGUUGCCUAUUCCAAAAAGCACGAUCAGUUUGUCGCGAGACGUGAGCAGUCCAGACCAGACGGCAACGUUGGAGCCCGACAGCAGCUCCGUCGUGUGGAACGUUCCGCGCAUCACCGGUGGAUCGCAGCUGUCCGCCAUCUUCCGCUUGGAGGUGCCCGGACUCAGGCCCUCGGCUCGACUGGAAGUGGGCCCCGUAGCGUUGACCUUUGACCUUCCAAGCCUGGCCAUGUCGGGACUUCGCAUUGGCUGCCUGCGUCCUACGCUGGGGGGCCGAGGGGGGGCGGCACUGUCGGGGGAGCCCCCCAAACGCUGGCUACGCUACUCGACAUCCAGCGGAUCUUACGUCGUCCGCAUUUAAGAAAGCACCCGACGACGCGGGUCUUCUUCUUCUUCGCCGCCACGCGCUCGCUCGCAUCCCAUUUGCCUGCGGUCAUCCCAAAGAAUCCAGGCUCGCAGCACCAUGCAGGAUGGGGCACGAAGUUUGCAGCCCCCUUUGUU